CAAAGGCGGCGCGCUGUCUGUGUCAUCCGCCAUUUUGCGCGAAGCAAGGUGGCCUCCACGUUCCCUGAGCGUCUUCUUCGCUUUUGCCUCGACCGUCCCUUGAUCACAGACAUGUCUCGGGAUCGGUUCCGGAGUCGCGGCGGUGGCGGAGGCGGCUUUCACCGGCGCGGAGGAGGCGGCGGCCGCGGCGGCCUCCACGACUUCCGCUCCCCGCCGCCCGGCAUGGGCCUCAGUCAGAACCGCGGACCCUUGGGGCCAGGCCCGGGCCAGGGUGGCCCUAAGCCACCGAUCCCACCACCGCCUCCGCACCAAGUGCAGCAGCAGCAGCAGCAACAACAGCAGCAGCAGCAGCAGGUACCGUCGCAGCAGCCUCCGCUACAGCAGCAGCCGCCACCACCGCCGCAUCAGCAGCCGCCACCGCCGCAUCAGCAGCCGCAUCAACCUCCACAUCAGCCGCCGCCGCCACAGGAUUCGUCUAAGCCAGUCGUUCCUCAGGGACCCGGCCCGGCUCCUGGAGUAGGCAACGUUCCACCGGUCCCUGGCUCCGCUCCUCCCGCCACUCCACCGACCUCUGGGGCCCCUACGGGCCCAGGACCCACCCCGACUCCUCCGCCGGCGGUCACUUCAGCCCCGCCCGGGGCGCCUCCACCCACGCCGACGAGCAGUGUGGUCCCGACCACUCCCCCUCAGACGGGGGGCCCGCCGCCUCCACCCCCAGGGGUCCCGGGCCCGGGGCCUAAGCAGGGCCCAGGACCUGGUGGGCCUAAAGGCGGCAAAAUGCCUGGUGGGCCGAAGCCCGGCGGUGGCCCAGGACUAAGCGCUCCGGGCGGCCACCCCAAGCCGCCGCACCGCGGCGGCGGGGAGCCCCGCGGGGGUCGGCAACACCACCUUCCCUACCACCAGCAGCACCAUCAGGGGCCCCCGCCCGGCGGACCAGGCGGCCGCAGUGAGGAGAAGAUUUCCGAUUCGGAGGGAUUCAAAGCCAAUUUGUCUCUCUUGAGGAGGCCUGGAGAGAAAACUUACACACAGCGCUGUAGGUUGUUUGUUGGGAACCUACCUGCUGAUAUCACGGAGGAUGAAUUCAAAAGACUGUUUGCUAAAUACGGAGAGCCAGGAGAAGUUUUUAUCAACAAAGGCAAAGGAUUCGGAUUUAUUAAACUUGAAUCUAGAGCUUUGGCUGAAAUUGCCAAAGCUGAACUUGAUGAUACACCCAUGAGAGGUAGACAGCUUCGGGUUCGCUUUGCCACACAUGCUGCUGCCCUUUCAGUUCGUAAUCUUUCACCUUACGUUUCUAAUGAACUGUUGGAAGAAGCCUUUAGCCAGUUUGGUCCUAUUGAAAGGGCUGUUGUAAUUGUGGAUGAUCGUGGAAGAUCUACAGGGAAAGGCAUUGUCGAAUUUGCUUCUAAACCAGCAGCAAGAAAAGCAUUUGAAAGAUGCAGUGAAGGCGUUUUCUUACUAACAACAACUCCUCGUCCAGUCAUUGUGGAACCACUUGAACAAUUAGAUGAUGAAGAUGGUCUUCCUGAAAAACUUGCACAGAAGAAUCCAAUGUAUCAAAAGGAGAGAGAAACGCCUCCUCGUUUUGCCCAGCAUGGCACCUUUGAGUAUGAAUAUUCCCAGCGCUGGAAGUCCUUGGAUGAAAUGGAAAAACAACAGAGGGAACAAGUUGAAAAAAACAUGAAAGAUGCAAAGGACAAAUUGGAAAGUGAAAUGGAAGAUGCCUAUCACGAGCAUCAGGCAAAUCUUUUGCGUCAAGAUCUGAUGAGACGGCAGGAAGAAUUAAGACGCAUGGAGGAACUUCAUAAUCAAGAAAUGCAGAAGCGCAAAGAAAUGCAGUUGAGGCAAGAGGAAGAACGACGUAGAAGGGAGGAAGAGAUGAUGAUUCGUCAACGUGAGAUGGAAGAACAAAUGAGACGCCAAAGAGAGGAAAGUUACAGCAGGAUGGGCUACAUGGAUCCAAGAGAAAGAGACAUGAGAAUGGGUGGUGGAGGAACAAUGAACAUGGGAGAUCCCUAUGGUUCAGGAGGCCAGAAAUUUCCACCUCUAGGUGGUGGUGGUGGCAUAGGUUAUGAAGCCAAUCCUGGAGUUCCACCAGCAACCAUGAGUGGUUCCAUGAUGGGAAGCGACAUGCGUACUGAGCGCUUUGGGCAGGGAGGUGCGGGGCCUGUGGGUGGACAGGGUCCUAGAGGAAUGGGGCCUGGAACUCCAGCAGGAUAUGGUAGAGGGAGAGAAGAGUAUGAAGGCCCAAACAAAAAACCCCGAUUUUAGAUGUGAUAUCUAGGCUUUCAUUCCAGUUUGUUUUGUCUUUUCUUGUUUAGAUACCAACCUUUUAAAUUCUUGCAUUUUAGUAAGAAAAGCUACCUUUUUAUGGAUGUUAGCAGUUUAUUGACCUAAUACUUGUAAAUGGUCUGUUUAGGCAGGUAAAAUUAUGUAAUGCAGUGUUUGAAACAGGAGAAAAAAAUUUUUUUCCUUUUUUUUUUUUAAUGUAUAAUGUUCCUCAAGUUAUGGCAGUGUACCUUGUGCCACUGAAUUUCCAAAGUGUACCAAUUUUUUUUACUGUGCUUCAAAUAAAUAGAAAAAAUAGUUAUAAUACUGAUCUUCAGCUUUGCCAUUCAUGCUUCUGUGCACAUUAGGCUAAGUAUUCCCCUUGGAAAGCAUGAGAGUAUCUAGGCCUUUGAAUGGUGUGUGCCAUUUCUGGGAAAUUUAUUUGGAGGCUAAGUACUGCUUUCUACAAAUAACUAUUCCCUUGUUUUUUGUUUUUUUUUUAAAAAUGGAUUUUGAAGUAGUUUCAUGAUUUGAUUUGUCUGGCAUUAUAAGAAGCAAGCUGGUGCUAAGUUUUUUUUAAAUGGUUAAAUGGUCUGAACUGUAAAUUUUCAUUCAGGAAUGUGUACUAAGAUUAUGGAAUGGGUGUCAGAACCAUUGGUGUAGGGGAAGAAGAGAGGGUUUGGCUAAAUGGAUCUUUUAUGGCCCUAUAUCUAUCCUUUCUUUGGAAGUUUUUGAAGAAAAAGUGGAAGAUUAUUCUGUUGCAUUCCCCCAUUCUUGUUUUUAAAAGAACAAAUUCCAAGCCCUACAAAUGGCUUGUAUUGAACUUUUACAUUUGAAUUAAAGGUUAUUAAACAUGAAGUCUUUUCAUGUAUUACUUCAAGUGAUUUAUAAAGAUUGGGUUUAGUCUGAAAAAGUCAACUUGAAGGAAGGUUUAGUAACCAUAAAGCAGGGCUAGCAAUACAUUUGUACUUUGUAACUUAAAUCUCCUUGUGCUACUUCUGUUGAGCAAAAUCUGUAGGACUAUAAAAUACUGGUUCUUCCUAAGAGUUAGUGGUGACUAGAAAUAACAAAUAGGUUUACAGAUAACUAGUCUUACUGUAAAUUUGUUGACCUGUUUUUUCAUAGUUUCCUUUUAAUGUAGCACUAAAUUUGGAGAGUUGCUCAUGCUACACAGUACAAAUAUUCCUUUUCCCCACCAUAAAGCUUUGGAGUGUUUCAGUGGUGUUGUCAGUUUGUCAACUUCAUUGAAUCUCCUUCCAUUGGAAUUUGACUUAAUAUUAAAUUAGAUGGUUUACUGUUGUUUGUUAGUAUAAUGGGAGCCUGAAUUCCCAGCGAAAAGGUUAGUGGAGAAGUGACUUCCUAAUAGUAGGCAAAGGUAAUGAAUGGUUUGGCUUUGUUCUUAGCUAUGUUUCCAUUACAUAUCAGAACUCCUACUGUGGAAUUUGUCUUCCUCCUUUUCACCUCUGUUCUUGAUGCUAAUUGGCAAAAGUAAAAUUCUAAAUCAAACCUUUGUUAAAAGGCUGAAGUUCAGUGAUGUGCCUCAGUACAAAGGAAAACCUUUUGUUGAAACCAUCCAGCACUUUCUGAAUAGGAAACAGGAUAAUACUGAAAGUAAAACAUUAGUGGAGUAUAAAGGCUUGUCACCAAAUUCUGGUUGCGACUCACAGUACAUGGUGUGCUUAUUGAAGGAAAGAAUCAUUUCUAUUCACCAAGACACUUGGAAAUGGGUAGUUCUACCAUAACUAUGUCAGUGAGUAGAAAGUUUUAUCCCAAGUCAUUAAUUGGUGAUAACGCAUGAGCUUUUUCUGACAGAAAAAAAGGGUCUUGAUUUGAAAGGAGUCCAUUAUAAUUGGAGUGCAUUGUAGGGACUUUAUUAAUGACAAAAAAAUAAGAGGUGUUCAUGGGACACCCACAGAGGGUGACUUGAAUGUGUGUGGGUGGGGGCUGGCGGGGAAAUGGGAAAAUCUGCCUAUAAAAUUAAUGUUUCAGUUUAUUUUUCAGAUUACAUGCCUUUCUUUAUAAGGGAUGCUGGCACAGACCCCUAAAAUAAGCUUUUGGUAGUACUGUACCUUUGAAGAGUGGUGAAGGAUGCUAAUGGAUAAUCUCCUGAAGUUGUGGCUUUUGAUACCCUUACUGUGGGCUGUAGAAUUGCUAAACGUUGUUUAGCAAAUAAUGUUGCUUAGUUUCAACUGACCUUUGACUUCAAUCACUGAAGCAGCAGUGUAUCUACCAAGGGUUGUAAGCUACUCAGACUUUGAACAAGUCUUGUAUAUGAUAGUUUUUAGCUUAAUGUGAAUUUAAAUCAUCUUAAAAAGUAGUAUUCUAAAAGCUGUUAAUGAAACGUGGGGUGGGAAAGGGAAGAUAGUAGUUUUGAAGUAUUUAAGCCAUUUUUCUCAUUCAGAGAAACAACCUGCCCCCAUCUCCUCCUCUUCACUUUCUGUCAUAAUUUUAAGAGGAACCCUGGUCGUUUUUAAACUUAUUCUUCCCAAUCUUUAAAAACUGCAUUCUCUUAAGACCCUGGUAUGUUUAAUAGGUAGCUAAUAAGCUUAACCUAUGGGCUUACAUUAUUUAGAGAAACCAUAAUCAUCUCUGGUUAGAACGUUAGUUAAACUCGUAAGAAGUACUAUAGACCCUACCACUCUGUAUAGAUAUAGCACUAAUAUAUAAACUACAAUUUGGGAAAUUGUAAUGUUACGGCUGUGCAAUUUAUUAUAAGUGGCAUAUUAUGGCAGAUAAAAAUGUAGAUACUUGGCUUCUCUUGGGCAAGCCACUAAGUUGUGGCGGAAUGCUUUCUGGUGUUCUUGGACUGCGAUUAUGCACUAUUAAAGUAGUGGCCUGCUACAUAACUGCGUUUAGCCAGCAUUUCUGCAGUGCGUAACUGUGAGGAACGUAGUACCGCAAAUGGCAAUGGACAUUAGGACCCGGAUGUAGUAUUCCUGCUUGCUCCAAGAUUCUCAUUGCCGACUGCAUACAGGUAGGUAACAAGCAAUAUAAUCUAACUUGGUGACUUGCUAUGUACUUUUAUUCCAUGGGCAUUCUGACAUCACACUUCUGACAAUGAAAUUACAGUGCAGCACCUAACACUUGUAUGGUAAAGUUAGUUUAUAUCCCAAAAAAACUGUGUGGGUUUGGGGUUAGAGCUGUAAUUUGUCAGGCAGAAUUCAGUGCUCUUGCAGUUCUUAGAUAAAAAGUGCAAAUGAUUCUUCGGUGUGUCUGACUCAACUUGUGUGGUUUUCUUUAGUUGCUUUGUAACUGAAGAUAACAUGGAACACAUCAGUGGUGUGGGGGAGAGGGAACCAACCAAACCAUACUUGGGAAGUAGAGUGCUUCUAGCAUCUUGAUGUGGACUUCUAUAUUAAAGCAUGUGAUAAUUAGUCUCGGUUGUAGCAAACUGACCUGCCCAGAGGUCAGCACUAUUAGUAAUUUCAGUGUGCAAUCUUGGUGGUAAUUCUGCAGGUUGAGUGAAUUAAGACUAAAGAACAGUUUUUUGUAAUAUGAUUUAAAAUUUUUAAAAACCGACUCCAUGGGAAUACUGUCAUUACUGCCUACCUUGGGCUUACAUGGGAAGCUAAUAUGAGUAGUUCCAAGUUAUGUGACUUCUCUAAAUGUAUCUGUACUCUAAACCUGGGGGAAAGUGGUGUGGCACGUUGACUUGCCUGCAAUUGAAUACAUGUUGGGAAUCAUUUCCCAAUGGAAGACUUCGUCGUAUCUUGUAGGAUGAUGGGCAAAUGUUCAGAGUAGCUUUUUCAAUUUGAUUCCCUUAGUUUUAGGGAUGUGAUUUCAUAAUUCAAAUGUUUAAUUACAAGAAAACAUGAGUCUUCAAAAGCACUUUCUUUGCUGGUUAAGAAGCAUGGACUUAAGCUUUCCAUCAAAUCUUGUUCCAGACCUCAAUUCAACUUACAUUGUUUGGUCUCUGAACUGGUUCUUAGCUAGCAUGCAUGAGAAACAGCUUUCGUGUGCACUACUUUCUGCUCUGUAACUGGAAAGUUUGAUUUACUUUGCAUAAAUGGCUGGUGAAAACUCUUCAUGACUGAGAAUUUUCUUCCAUUGUCUCAAGAAAAAUAGCUUGCUGUUCGGCAAACAAUUCACAAAGGUGGGGACAGGUUUGUACUUAAAUGUAUGUAGGCCAUUGAAGCAAACUUCUGACUCCUAAUUGAAGAUGAAAUGACGACUGGCUUAGCUUAGCUCUGUUACGUAAUGCAGAUCAAACACAAUGCUCAAUAAGUGACAUGUCACUGAAUUGGCUUAGAACCCUGACGGGAGCUUCCUCUGGCUGACAAUGUUAAAUCGGUGGCCAGCAACUUGCUGCCGUGAUUUAGCGAUAGGAUUCUUAUAGAUAAAAGCUGAGGUUUAUUUCUUACCAGUAACAAGUUUUUUCAGAGAACAUACUUGGUAUGAUAAUACGAACAUCACUGGGUUGGGGGGUUAAUUUUGCUUUAUUCUGCUUAUUUCAAGAUGACUAGGCCUUUACACUUUAGAAUGAGAGAAAUCUUGUGACUAAGACAUCUGUUCUUACUAGUUUUAAUUUGUAUGUAGUUAUAAAUUGUGACUCUUAGUGCAGUUU